AUGGGUUCUGUUGCAAUUACUUUGCUUAUGUUGCAAUAUCUAAGAACUUCUAAACUUGGCUUUUCCGCCAGAAACCACAACAUCACAUGCAUUCAGAGCGAGAGACAAGCUCUUUUGAGGUUUAAGCAAGAUCCCGAAGAUCCUUCAAACCGGUUAGCUGCUAGGACCCAUGAUGGAGAUUGUUGCAAAUGGGAUGGAAUUAUCUGUAACAAUGUAACUGGCCAUGUUAUCAAGCUCCAACUUGGGAGUUCUCAGGGUGUGUUUGCAUCAAAUGCUGAAGCCGAAGCAUAUUAUUUAAGUUACUUGGACCUAAGCGACAAUGAUUUCGGAGAAACUUCAAUCCCAACUUGGUUUUGGAACUUGUCUUCCAAUCUGUCCUACCUGAAUAUCUCUCGAAACCAAUUCCAAGGUAACAUUCCUGAUUUACUCACAAUGAUUCAUCCUCCUGUCGUGAUUGAUCUCUGCUCAUAUAAUUUCAGUGGCCCACUCCCUCGUCUUUCAUCUAAUGUGGCUGCUGUAGAUCUUUCUAACAAUUCCAUGUCAGGAUCUACCUCUCAUUUCUUGUGCUACAAAAUGAAUGAGCCAAUGAAAUUGGAAGUUCUCAAUCUUGGCAAUAAUCUUUUAUCAGGAGAAAUACCUGACUGUUGGAAGAUGUUUCCAAGGUUGGUGGCCAUAAAAUUAUGUGACAACAAUUUCGGUGGUGAGAUCCCAGAGGAGGUGACAAGUCUUGUAGGCCUGCAAUCAUUGAAUUUCUCACAUAAUCUUUUGGUUGGAACCAUUCCUGACAACAUUGGUGCAAUGGGAUCAUUAGAAUAUGUUGAUUUAUCAACAAACAACAUUUCUGGUGAAAUCCCUCCAACUAUCUCUUACCUCACUUUCUUAAGUGACCUAAACUUGUCCUAUAACAAAAUUACUGGGAAAAUCACAACGAAUACUCAGUUACAAAGCUUAAGUGCAUCCAGCUUUCUUGGCACUGAGCUCUUUGGACCACCCCUAACUGAUAGUUCCAAUGCUGUGAAGUUCAGCCCCAGUGCAGGAAAAAACCUGGAUGAUCGACAUGAAGUGGACUGGUCCUUUCAAAGCGUGGAAUUGGGAUUUUGCUUAGGAUUCUUUGGUGUAUUGGUCCCUGUUCUGCACUAA